AAGUUAUUCAACGUGCUUCUCUACUAUUACAAGUGACAGUAACCUACUUCAAGAAUAUUUACAAUUAGAUUGAUUCAGGUAUGCAUACACAAUGAGUCAUAUGACACCUUAUACAACUUCGCUAGUGGCAAAUUACCUAGCUCCUGCCAUCCUGGGAAUGAAAUUCUGUUGUCACGCUAAACGAGUCAUGUAUGAAGAAAAAAACCUCUGUACACCGUAGGCAAUUCCGUGCUUUGAGCCUAGACUCGUUGUGAAAGCGCCGGCGUGGAUUUAGCAUUUUUCAACCAAUUACCGGAGAAGCAAUUUUUGCAGCUGUCAGCCAUCGAUUGUAUGAAGUACUACUACUGCUACUGCUACUACUACUGCUGCUGCUGCUGCUGCUGCUGCUACAAACCCGAAUAACAUAUCGUCUCGGCACGUUCGACGUUUCAUUGAGCAAUCGAGAAAAUAAAUUUGAAAAUAUCAGUGCGUGUUUCCGCGCUAGGAUGGAUAACAACAUUCAUUACAACAUGCAGCCGCAGGCCACAAACGACUCUUGUACUGUCUCAUCAGUUCCAAGCGAAGUACCUGCACUUACAGUAGCUCUACCAGCGAUCCAAGUACAUCCCCAUAACAACAGUAUUAAUCGGGAUAGUGUAGUGCCCGUAGGUCAAGCUGCACCUUCCACUCCAGUCAUGAUGAGCGUUGAUGAAAUACCACCACCAAAGCCAGAUUUCUCUGCACCACCGCCGUAUGAAGUUGCCACUAAAUUACCGAGCUAUGAAGAAGUACAGCGUGAAAAGACUCUGCAGGGUGAGACAACGCCACAUGCUCGCCCUCAAAUAGUGUUUGGACAAUUAUUUCAGCCGGGGAGCAUGAGACCACCGCAACAACCACUGGCGUUUCUAGCUCUGGACACAGAAGCAGCAGAAGGUGACUCGGAAAGCGGUUUGCUUGGCACAGACUUCAUGUUCUUCACAGCUUUCAUGGUUGCAUUCCUCUUCAACUGGAUUGGAUUCCUAUUGAUGAUGUGUUUCUGUCACACAAUCGCUUCUCGGUAUGGAGCAUUGUCUGGAUUCGGCCUGUCACUGGCUAAAUGGACACUCAUCGUUAAACAUUCCACUGAUUUAGCUUCACGCGAAAACUCAUGGUUAUGGUGGCUAAUCAUGGCAUUUGGAGUCCUAAUCAGUGUACGCGCCAUUAUUCAAUAUCUGAAUAUUAAACGGGGAUGGAGACUUUUGUCAGGCAGUGCUCAGGAGCGUUUACUAUUUUUUUAUUGAUAUUUCACACGUCUGCACCGCAACUUACCUGAUCUUUGGAGGUUGUAAUUGUAUGAAAGAAAACCUACUCUCAUAAAAUUAUAGAUUAUCUAAUCUACAUUAUGUGUAGAUCGUUGAGUGAUUGUAAAUGUAAUAAAUAGGAAAGUCAGUCUAUAAAGAUUAUGCUAUACUUCAUCAACGUUAUAAUG